AUGUCGAGCGACACAUGGAUACAAAGCAUCUCCCAAAUUCUGGGCUGGGCCUAUUUCGUCCUAUGGUCGUUGUCUUUUUACCCGCAAGUGCUGCAUAAUCACCGCCGUCACUCGACAGACGGUUUCUCCAUCGACUUUGCCCUGCUCAACCUACUCGGAUUGACUGCAUACACCAUUUUCAACGCCUGUUUCCUCUUUUCACCAGUCGUGCGCACACAGUAUGCCCAGCGACAUCCUCAGAGCCCCAAGCCAACCGUCCAAUGGAACGAUUUCGUCUACGCCCUCCACGGAGCCCUAAUCUGUUGCUAUCUCCGGAGCCACUUCCUCUGCGCGCGGUUCUGGAACUUCAAGUCCAAGCCGCAGCGGCCGUUCUAUGGGCUCUGGUAUCGGCAUCGUGGGAAUGGAUUGACGUGGUGA